UACCUACAGUAACCUAGGAGUCAUGUGCUGGGGUUGCCUGGGCUUUUUCUCUGCAACUUUUUGCUUUCCUGGAAUUUCACCUGCUUCAAAUCUACACCCUCAGAUGCUCCCCUCUUCUCCUCUUUGAUGGGGUUGAACUGGAGCACCUCUCCGCAGGAAAAUGCUUAGUUUUCUUUUGUCAUGAAUAUUCAGAUCUCUCUCAGCUCGGCCUCUAUUUGCUCCUGUUUACUUUAGACAGGAGUGGCCCCGUCUCCAGUUAACCUUGACAUACAGAGAGAAAGAAAGAGAGAGAGAGAGGGAGGGAGGGAGACACACAGAGAGAAAGGUGCAGCAGGAACAGGUAUGUGGCACCUCGACACACCUGUGAUGUGAAAACCGCUUUGCUACCGGUUACAGGAGAGGAACCUGCUCAUUUUGCCACAGAGAUCUACCCCAUCGUCCGGUUUCCAUCCCACCUGUUCUUCAUGUUGGUCUUUGCCCACAACGGCUGAACAUACAAUCCGGUGGUGGAACAAAGUUUAGAAGCCCCAGGGAACAGAUUAAAAGUAAGAGCAUGACGACGCCUUGAGCAAAUACCUUCUGAGGCUCUGAUAGAAGCCGCUUCAACCCAAGUCAGAAGUUGGCUUUGGACCAAGAAACCUCACGGUGAUUUCUGAGAUAAGACUUACCUCACUCCUGUGGCAAGGGCUGACAAGUCCUUCUCUGUUCACCAUGGCAGAAAACAAUUAUAGCUGGUGGAAGUUGACUUUUCUCCGGAAGAAGAAAUCCACUCCCAAGGUGCUGUAUGAAAGCCCUGACAUCUAUCCUGUUGCUAAUAAUGAAAACCAACAAGAAGGGAUGCGAGCAGAUGGUGGCAGCGACGCAAACAGUCAGCAGGAAUUCAAUGCCCGGCUGGAGAAGAUUGUGGACAAAAGCACCAAAGGCAAACACGUCAAGGUCUCCAAUUCCGGGCGCUUCAAGGAAAAGAAGAAAGUCAGGGCCACGUUGUCGGAAAACCCCAACUUUUUUGCUGGCAAUGACCGGGAUGAGAAAUGAUGGGCGAAUGAAGGAGGUGCCCAUUCAUUACCCUUGGUGGUUAUUUGGAGACGCUUCUCUGACCCUGAGAAGCCGACUGUGAAUCAAUUCCAUUACAUUUGCAAAUGAAGUUAACGAGAGGCCUGUCUGGGGCUCCAGGAUUAGGUCCCGAUUUUCACAUGAAGAGUGGAGGUUCAGAGGGAAAUGAACUUUAUUAUUGUUAUUGUUCUUUACUUUUUUUAAUUUAAGGAAUAAAAAGAAUAUUUACAUGAAAUGCAAACCUGCUGCAUAGUUAGCAGUGGAAAAAUGAAAAGCGGAAUGCGUGAGAGGACAUUUGCAGAACUGCUUCAUAUUAACCCUGCCAGACCAGACAAGGUCACUCAUCUUGGGUCGCAAAUGCUGGGAAGUGGCACCAAGAGGGAGAAGGUGGUGUGCCAUUGAGCCACCUUUGUCCUACCUCUCCUAUAAAAUAUUUUAAUAAAGGUAGGCUAUUAGUGCAACAGAAAGCUGGACUGAGACUAUUUGCCACCUGAAGCAGAGCAGUGAGUGAAAUGAUCUCCCUUCCCUGCACCCCAAGUCAAAUCAAGUUCCAUAGUUCCAAAGCCAACCAAACCCAUAGCCUCUGCCUGUCCCUAUUUGGCACAAAUGGUGUCAAUUAAUCCUCUUUCACCACACUUUUUCAGAUUAUUUAAAAAUGCUCAUUUUUGCCUCCUCCUGCUCACAUUUCUCCCCUUUGCCCGCAGCUUAUUUCAAUUGCUACAAACUGAGUCCAAAGUGAAAAACAAAACAAUUUCCACUCAACUAAUUCAUCAGGAUGAGAGGAGCAGGUGGAAUCUAACAUUUCCCUAUAAGCUCUGAAAAAAUUACGCAGCCUUUCCUAGCUUGUGUAUUCUUCCUCAUUUAUAAUAUUUGCUAUUUUGACCAUACUCUGAUCUGCUCGACAACAAGUGUCUUGGUUUUCAUCUGCUAAAUGUUGGAGGUCAUGGAUGAUUAGAUUCAGAGAUUAACAGGGGUGUAUAUGGACUACAUAUUGUGUAACUAGCUACAAAGCAAUCCAUAACAUCUGUAUAAUGCGCCCCGUAUAACUCCGUUUAUUAUGAUUACAACCAAGUUUGACUACAAAACUGGUUCUUUUGUUCCCUUCAUUUGGGAAAUUAUAUGCCUCUUGCCUUCCUUGGCCCCCUCAAAGGCUUUCAUAAAGGGAAUCAGGGUGUUGCUUGGAACAGGGCAGUAGAAUCAGGACCGAGAUAUUUUGCCAUUUGAGGUGGAGCACUAAAUGACAUCCCCACUGCCCAAUUCAAGGUCCAUAGUUUCCAGAGCAAGUCAUUUUGGCACAUGAGGAUGAAGUACUCAAGUAUUGGGGAGAAGUACAAGUACUUCUCCCCAAUCCUGGCAAUAAAAAUACAAUAUGAUAAUAAGCAAUACAGAUAGGCAACAAUUUGAUACCCUUUCAUGACAUCCAUAAUCUGCCUAUUGGUGGGGUUGACUCAUAAGUAACAACCCCGAUGCUUUCCCUUAGGGUGGGAUUUGUUCAUGCUAGCCAAAAUUGCUGUACUUCAGAGAUGAGAAAUUGUUUGUCUCUAGCGCAAAUUGAACAUUAAACCUCAAGGAGGAAGGAUUUUCUCUGCCAUGUGCCAGGGCUCACUAGUUUUGAAUCUUCAGGGACCUCUUAUUCUUAAUACUGCAUAUUUUUGUGACACAGAGGAUAGGAUUAAUUUUUUGGACAAGGACAGGAGUUUUGGUGGCAGGUAGAUGUCCCUUCUAUGUCCCUUCUAAGGAGAGCUAGACUAAAGUGAGACUGGGGAUAUAUAGCCAUCUUCUGGACUACAACUCCCAUUAAGUAUCACCAAUGACUCUAUUGGCCAGGACUAAUGGGAGUUGCACUUCAAAAGCGUCUGGAAGGUCAUGCAUUCUCCAAGCCUGGACUAGAGGAUAUUUUGAGUCUGCAUUUCUGGUUAAAUCCUAUUGAAAUAUAUGAGCAGAAGGAUUUUCAACUCUGUCCUGAGGUGCAUGCCUAAAGCUUCACCCAAACUUGUGGCAAACUUUUGUAUUAGUCCUGACUCUCAUCUGUUAAAAUGUAGGAAAGAUCUGAUAAAGCUGCUGUUUGUUUCACACACUGAAUUCAAGGUUGUCCUUUUCUCACAUUCAGUUCAGUCACCUCCAAGCCAAUUCCAGCCAACUCAGCCUGGCAAGCCAAGUGAACUUUCACUGCAAAGAAUUGUAUUAAUAACUCAACCAUGUGCUUGUAAAAAAGCUGCAGUUUUGCUGUACUUUGCACUCCUGUUUUCCUAAGCCUUGUAGCUAUUUACAUUUCUAAUGUCCCAACUGUUGUUCCAUAUGGUCCAGUUACCAAAAGGAAGGAAAAAACAAAAACAAAACAUAAA